AUGAAUGAAACUAAGAAGAGAAGGAAGCAUAAGAAUAGUAAAUUCGGGUGUCCAAAUUGUAAGAAACGUCGAGUGAAAUGUUCUGAAGAUUUACCCCAAUGUUUAAAUUGUAUCAAACAUAAGGUUAAAUGUGGGUACCUUGAUUUUUCACCUGAAAGGAUUGAAGAGAUGAAACUUGCUAAGUUACAAGAGAAAGAUGAAGAAGAAGGAAGGACAAGGUCGAAUUCAUUGAACCCUAUUUUGUCCAAUGGUAGUGGUCAUAAAUCUUCACUAACUUCAAUUUCUGGAUCUUUAAAGAGUUCAUUAUCAGGCCCAGCUACUUCAAUGGCCCCAUCUUUGUCAGGUACAAAUAAUUCCCUCCAAGGGUCAUUUUCAGGUCCAACUUCAGCUCCAGGCUCAUAUUCGGGUCCAACUUCAGCUCCAAGUUCAAUGCCUGCUUUAUCUUCAGGUCCUUCAACGAUAAACCCUUUGAAAACUUUCAAUUCUCAUGAUUUAGAUGAUGAAAUAGAGAACCUUUCCAUCGGUUUACGUCCAACUACUCAUUAUUAUAACAAUUUCAACAAUAUCUUGAACCAUCCCAACAAUACCAUCAGCCAAAAUUUCGAUAAUUUACUUACCGCAACCCCAGAUAAAGAAGGAAUUAUUUAUCCUGUUUAUUCCAUUGUAGGAAAUCAAGGGAUAAGUCCUUUUGAUAUUAAUAACUUUGGCUUCACAGGAUUGUCAUCUACUGGAAUAUCUUCGACGGGAAUGUCUUCUGCUGCUGCCACUCCUAAUAUUGAUAAUUAUUAUAAUAACUAUGAAGAUGAUUCCCUACAACAGAAUCUUAUUGAAAGUCUUAUGAAUUCCUCCAGUGUACCUCAAGAUUACCUCAUAAAUAUCGCAUCACCACCACAAAUAGCAUCAUCUAAGAUCCUUCCCAAUGGGAUCAAACAACAAUUCAAAUUUAAGAAGUUAAAGAAGGUUGAAGUUAACUACAGAGCUGUGUUAAUUGAUACCGUCAUUCAAUUGGGUCCUAUGAUAUCUCAAGGUACUGCCAGUUUAAUUCAAAUCAGAGGGUUAUACACUGUAUGGCUCAAUUCCUUCUUAUAUAAGAGUUAUGAAUCAGAUCUAAUGUUCAGUUGUUUGAUCAAUUUAACUACCAAUUUCUUGAUUUCCAAUAUCUUCAAUAACUUCAACUUGAUCAAUAAUAACACCAAUAACUUCAUCAACAUCACCAAUACCAAGAAUAUCUUGUUAAUCAUCACCAUUAAAUAUUAUGCUAUUGUUAUCAAAGGAAUCAGAAUCUACCUUAAUAAGAAUUUUGAUCCAGAAUUAUGUUCAUUUGUUAGUUAUAUCUUGAGUCUUAUGAGUAUUUAUGAUCCCGAAGUUUCUUUAAAUUCCGUCAAUUGUUUCACUGACGGACUAUUCAGUGUAUUGAAAUUCAAUUUGAAUCAAUCCAUAAAGAAAGGUAUAACCCCACCAAUUUUGAUCCCUGUUCAUUUGAAAUUAAUGGAAAACAUCCAAAAAUCUAUCUAUUUCCCCGGUUAUGAUCCUGAUUUCUUACAUGAAUACAGAGAUAUGUUAUCAACAUUCGGUGCUAUCUUAUCAAAAUUAAAAUUACCCACUGAACUUGAACAAUACUUGAACAAACAUUAUUCUAAUCUUUGGGAUUUCACUAAUUCUUCCUUAGAUGAAUAUUUACCCUUGCUCAUUGAAAAUCAAGAUAAUAAUCAAAUUCAACAGGAAGUUCUUUUCAAAAUGACAAGUACUUGGGUAAGAUUAUUCCCUUCCAAAUUACUUAUGAUCAACAAAAACAGUCAUUUAAUGGAGAAAGUUCUUUAUAUUUUCUUCAAAUUAUUCAAAAAAUCCCUUUUUGCCAUUGUUCCCCAGGUUAAAUAUUAUUUCUUACGAGAUUUCGAUUCUCCCUUGAUGCUCGAUGUAUUCAAUUUCUUAAACGAUAAUGAGAUCUUCUUUGACGACAAUUUGAACCAGGAUUAUGUCGUCAAGUAUAAAGAUGAAUUAAAAGUGUUGAUAAGUUACUGUGUAAGAGCUGCCAAUUAUUUCUUAAAAAGAUUACAAUUCAUGUAUAAAACCGUUGUUUAUGAAUCCACCACAAAAAACUUAUUUCCUGUUCCUCAAGAAAGAAAGAGUUUCAUUAUAGACAUACCGAAAUUUAGGAAACUUUUCUAUGAGACGUUGAAUAUCAAAGAAACUCAUAUCAAAAGUUUUAACACCACUUUGAUCAAACCCUAUCAUUUCCCUCAUACUGAAGAUAUAGAACAAGGGGAAGAUGGGAUUGAUCAUGUGGAUUAUUUAACAAUGAAGGAAUAUGGGUUUUUAGCUGGUGAUGUAAUUUCUUAG